AGCUUACAGAACUUCAAAAUGACAGGUGUCAUUUUUUUUUUACGUAUGUGUGUGUCGUGAUUAAUCCUUGAGGAAAAUUGUGUUAAAUUUCUGUACAAAUUGUAUGAAAAGUCAGAGUUAUUCAGCGUAUACCUUUCGUAAGACAACAAAAGACAACAGACAACCGGCGGAGGGAGACCACAGGAUGAAGGAAGCACUCUAGGGAUCGAGGACCACACCAGUUGAAAACUUUUCUGAUAAAUCGAUUUCAAGAUUUCAACGAGAUCCGAACUCCGUCCGAAUAGAGCUCCAUAUCGCAUCUAGAGCACCAGUUUCGGACUCCCAAUCCAGGCGUUCAGUUUGCUGUCAACUCUUUGCUUUAUUGGAGUGGCAGACAGAAGAACCGGAACACACAACAUAUUCUUUAGAAUCUGCGCGUACCUACGCACACAUAUAUAUGUAGAUAUAUGUUGUUUGGAUCGUGAGACCAGGCCGCGCGCGCAUCGGUAGCAAUGUCCACUGCUCUGGCAGCAGCAGCCGCAGCAGCAGAAGCUACGACGGCAACGGCAACGGCAAUGGCAGCGGCAUCCUCAACCGCAACUAGCAACAGUAACACGACUAACCACACACCGACGCCGGCAACAAAUAGCACUAGCACCACUACCACCACCACUAGUAUCCCCACAAAAUCCACAUCGACAGGAAUAGGAGUUCGUCAGGAAGGAGAAACAGGAACAGAAACCCAAGCAAAGACUAACACGGAGAAGGAGCAGUAUGAGAUUCAGUCGAAGAUGAUAUUCCCGUCACCGACCAUGGAAAAGCCAGAUCCAGAAAAGGAACUCCAACCCAGUCCAGAUGGAAUGGAAAUCAACUUGGUGGGGUCACAGCAGCAACAGCAGCAGGAUCAGGUGCGAAUGCGAACCCGAAACCGGGACCUGGAUCAGAGUACCCCGAAGCCGCGUAGGCAGCGCCGAACCACGGUGGUGCGUACCUUCCCCCGCCCACCAGGUGGCUACAAGUACUCCAUGAAGUUUCUCUACGAUAUUGGUGAAGGCCUGACCGGAGAAAAACUAGACAUACCGACGCCCUCUUCGAUCACGCCCAGAACUGUACGUACCACACCGCCAACCCUUACCACCCACAUGCCGCUUCUGUCCUCCGCCGGGAUUUCUGUCUCACCGCGACCCAAUGGUAGCUCGCCGGGAAGCCGCUAUGCAGGAGGAGCCGCUGCAAGUGGCGCGGCGGGAGCGACUACUAGCUCGGCGGGAUCAGCAUCACCUGGUGCGGUAUCGGCCGCACAGUUCAUAUACCAGGGCUACCUGCCCAGCGGACCACAGCGCCGCCUCUGGCACACCGAGAACGCCGUCUGGCAGUUCGAUCGUAACUACCCCUACAACCAGGGCUACUCCUCGCAGUACGGCAUACCCAUUAUGCCGUUAGGAUUCGAGCACACCUACGCUGGCCAGAGAAUCAUCUAUCCAGGUUACUACAACCAGGCCACGGGAGGACUGCACACUGCCCAGGUCCCGGGAAUGCCCAGAUCAAGUAGACUGCCCCAGUCGCCACAUCAGAACUCUCCAGCACCGUCGCCGUCCACGACUACAGUGGCCGGGGAAGCAACAGAAAAAUCUACCAGUCCUACUACGGGAAAUAGCCCCCACAUAGCCACCGCCUCACCCACGACCAGCCCGGCAAGCCCCGCAACCACCUGGCGGUAUGCAAGGCCUAAUUCACAUCGAGAUCGUCUAGCGAGUGGACGUGGCGGCGGAGCAGUAAGUGGAGUCCCAGUAUCAGCAUCCACGGCGUUCCACCGGGAGUCUAAGACCUUCUACAACAGUACCAACGGAGGAAUGGGCGGGGGUCCCCGUUACAAGCCGCCCUUCGACCAACGAACCGUGGGUGGCAACCGGACCUAUGUGGCGGCCGGGACAUCGGCAGGAGCGUCCGGGUCAGCGGCAGGAUCGUCCGGGACAGCGGCAGGAGCGUCCGGGACAGCGGCAGGAGCGUCCGGGACAGCGACAGGAGCGGCGAGCACAGGCACUAACACUGUUGCAAGCGCUACUGCUGGUGGAGCCACCACCAGCGAUCCGCCGGCUACGAACCAGAACCGAAACUUCCAGGGAUCGACCAACACAUACCAAAGGCCGCGGCCCAUUAACAAGCGUAACGGGAAGAAUCCCUUCGGCAAGGAGAAGACCUCCAAUUCGUCGGGGUCGCUGUCUGCUUCCUCCUCCAAGUCGCAGUUGGGCCGACCGAGCUCGACUACCUCCAUGUCGCCCAACAAGCAUCCUCAGAGGAACUACCGGAACAGGAUGCGCUAUAAUGCAAUGGAGCCGACGGAGAGGAAGUCCGGGACGGUGAGUGUGACAGUUCCAGUUGGAACCUAUCAGCCGCCGCAGCUGCAGCCGCAGCCACCGCUGCAGAACCAGCAGCCACCGUCGCAGCAGCAGCCGCAAUCGGCCGGGAGAAGGCCUAAAUAUCAUAGUACUUAUCAUGGACAUGCAAUGGACUACAACAAGGCAUCGGCCCACAGACAGCCGUCGCGCUACUUCCAAUCCAGGCAGGUGGACGGGCACUAUGUCUAUCAGCCAGGGCACUAUAUGGUGUAUGCUCCGGGAAUGGGAGGCGUACCAGGAGCAGUGGCAGUCACCGGCGGCGGAAGCGGAGCGAGUGGCAGUGGACAAGGAGUGGGUGCAGCAGGAGGAGCAACCGCAGGAAGCGCGGGAGCUGGAGGACAAGGAGGAGGAGGAGCCGCUACGGCCACGGCCAGCAGCACCACCUCGGAGGGCGAGCAGCCGCUGGAAACGGACUUCGAUCAGCGCCACGAGUAUGCUGACUUGGGUCUGGAUCCAGCCCAUGGCGGCUUCUCCUCCGACCUGGAGCCGCUCGGCUACAGCAACAACAGCCACACCACUAGCAGCAGCCACGUCAACACGCACCACCACCACCACUCCCACUCCCACUAUCACCACUCGUACCACCACAAGCAGAUCAUCGAGUUAGACACCCACGCCAGCUCCGACGCGGAGGAGCCGGAAGACGACCAGUCAUGCAUGAGCCUGGCUUCCAGCCUAGACAGCGACGGCUCCGACAGCGAGCUGAGCGAUGCCUCCGUCGAGUCGGUGGUGCGGAAUGUCAUGGCCAGUUGCUUGGCCGAGGCCACAGGCACCCAAGUCCCGGAGCUGAGUGGUCCAAAUCUGGUGCCCUACGGCGACAUGCACUACCUAAGAGAGCUCGAGCGCAAGUCACAGCACACGAACGGCUACAGGUCCCACCACCACCACAAGCAGUCGCACCUCGCUGCCGGCAUGCACCACCACAUGGGACAUGGAAUGAUGGUCAGUCCCCGAGGCAUGGGAGCCUGCUGUGGAGACAUGGAAGACUUCGGAGGCUACAAGCUCGAGCCGGAUGGCCUGGACGGCCUAGACAGUGGCUCGAAGGGCCAGGUCAAGGGCGGAUACAGCGAGGAGGCGGACUCCAUAUCGGUGGCCUCGAAUUUGUCCUGCACCCCGUCAGCGUGUUCAAGCAAGAGUACAGUGGCUUCAAUGGGCCAUAAGGCCAUAAUGGUAGGUGCUUCCUUUCCAAUAGACAAUCUUAGAAAUCGUCCAAACCCCCCGCAGGACGACUUCCAGGAGGACGAACUGCCUCUGGUCAUACAUAACCGCUACUGGAGUGAGUUCUUCGGGUACACGCCCGCCGAUCGCUUCUUGCUUCGGUCCAAGCAGGUGGAGAUGAGGCGUCCGCCCCGCUCAGUGCCCAGUCGCAACAAAUGGGAGCCGCUGUCCUUGUCGAUCUGGAAAAAGUUCCUGGACGCCCAGCAAACGCAACACUUGUACAAGAUCAAGAUGCGCCUGUGGCGCUUCAUCUACUCGGUGACAAUGUCCGCCUACCCAAAAUAUGGCCUCUAUUUGGUCGGCUCCUCGAUAUCCAACUUUGGGUCCAAGUGCUCCGACAUGGACAUUUGCAUGCUCGCCUGCACGAACCCCAACCUAGAUCCCCGCAUGGAGGCCGUCUACCACUUGCAGCUAAUGAGGGGGCUUCUCUACCGCACCAACGUGUUCCAGGACUUCAAUCUUAUCGAGGCACGAGUGCCCAUACUGCGUUUCACCGAUCGCCAGCACAAGGUCGAGGUGGACAUCAAUUUCAAUAACUCCGUGGGGAUCAGGAACACCCAUCUCCUGUACUGCUAUUCCCAGCUGGAGUGGCGUGUCCGUCCGAUGGCACUGACGGUGAAGCAGUGGGCCCAGUACCACAACAUCAACAAUGCCAAGAACAUGACCAUAUCCUCCUACUCCCUGUCGCUGAUGGUGAUCCAUUUCCUCCAGUCGGGCGUCAAUCCUCCGGUGUUGCCCUGCCUACACAAGAUGUACCCGGACAAGUUCACACUUCUGCAACCCUGCGACUUCGGCUACGUGGACAUGAACGAGGUGAUGGGCCCGUACCAGUCGGAGAACACCCAGAGCCUGGGGGAACUGAUGCUCAGCUUCCUGCACUACUACAGCAUCUUCGAGUACGGGAAAUAUGCCAUUUCGAUACGGGUGGGCGGUGUGUUGCCCGUAGAAGUGUGCCGGGCGUCGAACGCACCCAAAAAUGACAUCCACCAGUGGAACGAGCUGUGCAUCGAAGAGCCAUUCGACCAGACAAACACGGCCCGGUCAGUGUACGACAGCGAGACCUUUGAGCGGAUCAGGGCCAUUUUCCACGCCAGCUACCGCAGACUGGAGUCCACCAGAAACCUAAGCUCCAUAUUUGAGGGCUAUGACGGACCCACAAUCCUGAUGCAGCCCCCCACGCUCGAGUCGGUGGAGGGUGACUUCUUCGAGAACCAUCUGCAGUCCCUCCACAACCGGGGAUCCGUGAGGUCGCUGGGGCACUCGAAACUGAUGGUGGACAAGGCCACAACGGCUGUGUGGAGCGACAUCAACGGAAAACUGGAGCAGAACGAGGUGCCUCUAGAUCAUCUGAACGUCCCUGGCCAGCAGAAAACGAACCUCCAAAAGAUGCAAGCCAACUCCGAUGACUCGGUGGCCACCACAGCCACCGAGCCACCACUUGCUUAGAAGCCACUCACAGCAUCUCUCUCUCAACACUACAUAACCACCUAACCUUACAAUCACACCACUCAAACAGCAUACUCUCCUCGGAAAAAAACACAAAUAUCGAUCUGAGAUCAUACAUACUCAAUAUCGAUAUCAAUUUUUUUUAUACAGCAACCAGAAUCUCCACCCAUCAGGACGUAAAAAAAAUUGAAAGGUUGUGAAAGAAAAAAGUUAUUGUAGAAGUUGCCGGGCGCGGAUUUACACCGAUUUGAAAAUUUGACGUUGGAUAAUUAUGUGAUAAUGAUGAUAGGUAGACUUAAUGGUAGAUUCGACUCGCCUCGAAGGGAACUGUCAAUGUGAAAUGACCAAAAUAAAAAAAGCCAAGCAACAUCCGAUCCAUCGCCAAGCAAAGUCGGUCGCAAAAAAACCACUAAAACAGUGAAAAGCAAUUCAAUUCAUAAACAUA